GUUUGUGGCGGCGAUAAACUUUCAAAUUACUAUUCAAAUUCAACAAGAGGGUUAGACGGGGGUCGCUUUGCAACUUUUAUUACAUUUCUGAUCCAACGGUGAUCUUGGCAUUAUUCUUGCCGAUGUCCUCUGCGCUUGGCACAAAUUCAGUUUGACUUUUUUUUUUUUUUUUUUGAACCUAUCUUGGCUUCAUUACAGCAGUGUUCUAAGUGCAGAAAUGAACAAAAAACAAACAGGGAAAACCAGUGUGGAGGAAUCCUCUUCUUGCUCCUCCUCCUCUGAUCUCCUCUGAUAUCUUCAGUUUGCAGGCUGGCUUGUCCUGCUGAACACCGUCAGGACUUUCCAAAGCAGGAACACCUUCACCGUUCGACCUCAUCUGAAGAUCCCGAGGCUGAAAUUCAGAGCUGCAGAGGGCGACUGAUAGGCCCAGGAAGUCGAAAAGGUGAGAAGAGUUUGGAGAGAGAGGGAGAGAAGGCAUGAAGACCUUUGAGCAAGAGCAGCAGGUCCUGCCAGUAAAAGGCGCCUCGCAUCCGUAGGCCGCAGAGCAGCGGCGGUCAGUCCCCCUGGAGUGAUGGCGGCUGUGAGGGAGGAGAGGCGUGGAGGAGGCAGGGGGGCCUCCAGGGCCACAAACCCGCCAGAGGGCGGCUGGGGCUGGAUGGUCGUCGCCGGCUGUUUCCUCGCCACCAUCUGCAUUCGGGCAGUGACCAGAUGCAUUUCCAUGUUCUUCAUGGAGUUCCAGAUGUACUUUGAGAGAGAUUACGCCACCACUGCUUGGAUCCACAGCAUGAUUGACUGCACCACCAUGCUCUGUGCUCCUCUUGGUAGUUUCCUUGGGAACCGAUUGUCCUGCAGAGUCACGGUGUUUCUUGGAGGACUUCUGUCCUCUGCCGGCCUGGUCCUCAGCUCCUUCGCCUCCAGUCUGGAAUUCCUCUAUGCUUCGUUGGGAAUCCUCACAGGCCUUGGCUAUGCCCUAAGCUACACAACGACUAUAGCGAUGGUUGGAAAGUACUUCAAUGAGAGGAAAGCACUAGCUUAUGGACUUGCUCUAUCUGGAACCGGCAUCGGGACCUUUCUCCUGGCCCCGGUAGUCCAGCUGCUUAUCGAGCAUUAUUCCUGGAGAGGAGCUCUGCUCGUCCUGGGAGGAUUUGUUUCUAACCUGUGCGUCUGUGGCGCUCUGAUGAGGCCGCUGGAGCAGAACCCAGCUGAAAGGAUUUGGGAGAACAACAUGACAAACGUGGAGAAAGCCUGCAUGACUGCGGUGCUGCAAACUGAACUCGCUGAACCAGUGAGCACCGACUGGGGCCGAGAAGACCCGAAGCAGCAACAAAUCUGUGGUUCGGAGAACAAACCGGGCCUCAUCAUCAUCAAUGGAACCUACAAGAACUUCGGACUUGAAAAAGACAAGCUUCAGCAGAGUUUCACACUAUUACCAAGGCCAAAGCCGACGGAUGCCAGGAUGAAGGAUAAGAAAAUGGCAGACUGCCUCCUGUUAAGCAACAAGCUGGAGGAGGCGGGUUUAUCAGGUCCAACGAUUCCGGACAGCAGGAGGAAAGAUGAAAAGCCAAAGUCAAGCAACACCUGGAUGAAAGCUAAUAAUAAAAGAGACAACUCCAGAUCUAGUGAAAUGACAUUCAACGAAGCAAUUCCUACUGGGCCGUUGGUAUCCUCACAGCCGCUGUCUAGAGGCCAGUCUUUCUUUUUUAAAGCGAAGGAAGAGAUUGGCUUCCUGUGCAUUCCCAGAUUCUUGGUCCUGUCCGUUUCCUUUGUGUUUCUGGCGUUUGGCUGCAGCAUCCCAGUAGUCUACCUCGUCCCUUACGCUCUGAGUGUCGGGGUGGAGCACCAGCACACCGCCUUCCUCAUGUCAAUAUUCGGUGUCAGUGGGAUUGUGGGCAACAUCACAUUUGGAUGGAUCACAGACAGGACGUGUCUGAAGAGGCAUCGCCUGCUCAGCUACGUAGUGGCCAUAAGCAUGGAGGGUCUUUGUUGCGUGUUCCUGCCUUUGCUCCAUUCCUUCCCGCUCCUGGUGCCGUUUUCUGUUCUCUACGGAUACUUUGACGGGGCAUAUGUGGCGCUGAUACCAGUCGUGACUUCUGACACUGUGGGCUCCGCCCAUCUUGCCUCGGCCUUGGGUGUGGUGUACUUCCUGCAUGCCAUCCCAUACUUGGUCAGCCCACCUAUAGGAGGUUGGUUUGUAGAUCAGACUGGGAACUACACAUUAACCUUCUUCAUCAGCGGCGCUUCCUUCUUCCUCACCUCUCUGGUCCUCGUGGCGGCGCCUUUAGCUACGCGUCUGACGGCGCUGUGCGAAAGGACUCUAGGUCACGGAAGACGCUGAAGGGAAAGAAAUCAGUCAGAGACUGCGCCUGUUUUCUUGCAAAACGAAACACACACGGUGCCUUUGCGGAAGCCCUAAUACCUCUUGAACUUUUUCCCGUUUUGUCACGUUACGACCUCAGCUGCUAUGUCGUUGAGAUUUGUUUCAUGAGUUAAACCAAACACUGCAGAGAAGCAGGAGAUGGAAUCCUUUUCUUCUUCAACGGUUGUCCGUAAAAUUUGGAAUCCGUGACAUGUAGUUGUAUUAGUUACUCUGACAUUUCGAAUAAAAACCUCAUUUCAGCCAA